AUAAACGUCAAGCCCGCUGUUACAGCUUAAAUUGGUUUGCGUGCCAUAUUUAUUCGACAAAAUGAAAUAUAUCGCCGCUUAUCUUCUCCUCCAAACCGGAGGCAACGCCUCUCCUUCCGCUAGCGACAUCACUUCUCUCCUCGAGACUGUCGGUAUUGAAGUUGAUGGUGACCGUUUGGGUAAACUCAUCUCUGAGUUGGAAGGCAAGGACAUAGCCACUCUCAUCAACGAAGGUUCGGCCAAACUCGCUUCCGUCCCCUCGGGAGGUGGUGGUGGCGGUGGUGCCGCUGCUCCUGCUGCCGCCGCCGGUGGUGCUGCUCCUGAAGCUGCGAAGGAAGAAGAAAAGAAGGAAGAGGCUAAGGAGGAAUCUGACGACGACAUGGGCUUUGGUCUGUUCGACUAGAGCGUUGGAGUUAUUUGCAAUUUAUGCAUCUACUUGCAUCCUCUC